CAGAGGAAAUCAGUUGUACUGGUACUUUGGACAAACGAAAUCGAAGUUGUUGAAAAAGAAGUGGAAAAAAUAAGAAAAAUGCAGAAAUUGAUCGCAAUUUUCCUUGCCAUUGGCAUCGUAAACGCGGAAAUAUUACUACUGAAUUCAUCCAGAUCAUCUUCUUCCCAAAAUGUAUUAAGUGCUCUUAGUGCACUAUCUUCUUCAAGCUCCACCGCCCCAGCCUCUGAUGUUCGGUCCACAGUUGAAGGCUUAGCUGCCAAAAGCGUCAAGACAUUGGGCCCAGUUCUCUCGUCGGUAGGCCCUGCAUUCGGAGUUGAUCUAUCGGAGGAAAACAUCGCAUCGGAAUUAUCCAACUUACCAGCAAAUCCACUUGAGAUCGUCGAAGGUUUGAAAUUACUUAACGGUGAUAUUAAAUUCGACAGUGUUCUUUCAAUUCUGCUAAAAGUUGUUGGUGGUCUAUUGGAGACAGUUCUUGGAAAUCCAGGUUCCCUUUUGAAUAUUGCGAAAGAUCUGUUUUUAUCAGCCGGUCAAAUGGACAUUCACAAGGUUCAAGGUCCAAUCAAAGAAUUAGAAGCCAGUUCAAAUAAUGGUGUAACUACUAUGGGUGCAGUUAUGAAAAUGUUUGCGGAACAAUUUAAUGUUCCAUUCAACGUAGAAGCACUUCCAAACGAAAUAAAAAAUGCACCCGUAAAUGUUAGCACAGUUGCUUCUCAAUUAACGGAGAAGUAUGCAAAAGAACAUUUUUGAAUCAAAGAAGUUCUUGGAGAAAUUGCACCCGAAAACACUAAUCUUUUGAACGUCAUUGUAUCACCUCCAAAUAAUGGAUUAAAUGCAUUCAGCAACUUGCUGUCAUCAGCUGGCGAUAAAAAAGUCGAUCCAAAUGUUUUGUACGAAAAACUUAACAAUUUAAAAAACGAGGCAACGUCAAAUUAUACGAGAUUGGAGAAGUAUUUGCCGAAGGUUUCAAUAUGCCAUUUUCGUCGUCGAAUUAUCCAGAAGAACUUAAAAACAUACCAGUAAAUGUUGAUGACAUUAUUGGUGCAGUUGGCAAAGAAAGCAAACAAAGUGGAAACAAUGGAUUGCUUGGUGUAGAUAAUCUUGUUAUUGCUCUCGGACAAGCUGUGCCAAGUCUUCUAAAUGUCAACGCUCAAGUUCCAAAUGUUGCUUUGGGUUUAGUUUCCAGCUUAGUUUCUGGCCUUACCGGCUCACUCGAUGUUUCUUCUCUGUUGAAUGUACUCGGUGGAAUGAAUUCCAAUGCCAAUCUCAAUGAAAUUUUUUCAGCUGUCGCUGGAGUGACGGGUGGUUCGCUCUCAGGUCAACUUCCAUCCUCCAUUGGCAGUGUUACUGGUGUUCUUGCGCCACUUCAAAAGCUUUUGGGUUCAUUAGGCGGUGGAAGUAUUUCUCCUGAAAAAUUGGUUGGAUUGAUUGGAUCUAUCGUACCACAACUCUUGGCCGUCACUCCUGUUCAAGUUCUGAGCGGUACUGUAAACCAAAUUAUAGUCGGUGUUGUUGGUCUAUUGAACGCACUAUUGGGUGGUUUACUCGGAGGUAAUGGUGUCGCUGGUGGUUUGCUCAAUGGUCUACUUGGUGGAUUAAGUGGUGGUGCUAACAGUGGAGUUGGCAAUUUGCUUGGUAGUUUAACUAGAAGCUUCUGAAAAACAGCUCUUUGUUUGAACUAUGUACUUUCAAUCAGAAAAUAUUGAAUAAACGUUGUAUUUGUUAUCAUACUCAGUAUCAACAAAGAAA